CCACUCGGGAGCGGAGCAUGAAGUCGCUCCCACAGCCGAACUCCUGGACGGAUACUUCGGCCCGCGUCCUCUGGGCGGACAGUCAAGCUCAUCCCGUUUCCGAAGCGGCCCAGUCCGGACGGCUGCCUGACACCACGGACUGUCCGCUGCCGAGUGGCACCUGCCUGUUGCCGUGCGCUCCGCUUGCUGUAGGGCGGCUGAUGACUUUGAACGGCCAGGACGGGCCGAAGAAGGAGAUGGCUGCGCUGGACUUGGACUUAAUGGGCAAGCCGUCCAUGAAGCAGAUCAGUUUCCAAGGAGGCGAUGCCACCUUCAGCUAUAACGGAAAAACCCUGUACCUGAGAGAGCCGGGGCAGAGCGCCCCGACCCCGCUAUACCCGGUGCCACCGGAGACGCAGGCCUGGGUUCAGUUCCCCACUUCCCGCCCGGACGAGCCGACUGCGCAGACGGCGAGCAGAACGAAAGCCUGCGUGCAGCGGUCUGCCAAGGUGGACACCCAGGGCGUGUCCUUCACCCUCCCACCUUCGCAAGCAGUGCAGUAUGACACCCCAAAGUGCCGAGACAAGCACGGACACAUCAAGCGGCCCAUGAACGCCUUCAUGGUGUGGUCCAGGAUCCAUCGGCCGGUGCUGGCCAAGGCCAACCCCACGGCGACCAUCACGGACCUGAGCGUGCAGCUGGGAAUCGAAUGGAAGAAACUGUCGGAGGAGCAGAAGAAGCCGUACUUUGACGAGGCCAAGAAGAUUGAGAAGAUGCACAGGGAGAACUUCCCCGAUUGGGUUUACCAGCCGAAGGAGAAAAGGAGAUGUGACAAGAUGGUCCACCCGCCACUGCCGCCGCCUCCUCAUCUGGGCCCCCCUCAGACCCCCUCGCCGAUGGCAUUGGCCAAGGUCGUCCAGUACCCCAGCAAUCAUCCUGUUGGUUUCAGCCCGUCGUCCCUCCAGGCAGGAAGUGGCACAGGGCAGAGGAUGCCCGUUUAUUUCAGCAGCGCCCAAAUGGCCAGCUCCCAGCCUGAAACCAGCACAUCUUCAAGCCUGUCCAUGAUGAUGGAAUGGGGCUGGGGUGGUCCCAGUCAUCCUGACAUCAUUGGCCCUGCUGCUGCCGAGCCCGUGUUCCGGGACCCCCAAGGAAAUGUAUGGAAUCAGGACAGGGCAGCUCUUUCAGAGGGGCACGACUACAGCCAGGGUGCCCCCCACUUUCAGCAGGACCCUCACAUGUGCUCCCAUAUGAACCCGCCGCCUCACAUGGUUGACUUCUCCAGGAUGUGCCCACCUGUCCCUUGUCACCUCCUCUCCUGCCCAUUUUACCCUCCAAGAUUUUCCUGCCUGCACUCCGGGAAGCCCCCCUUGACCCCUCUGGCAGGUAACGGCCUUGACUUCCCCAAUCCCAUGUCUGAUUUUUCAAGUUGCUGUGAUGAGGUCUACCAGAAGUACGAAACGGUCCUGUCGGCGCUGGACGAGCAGCAGAUGUUCAGAGGGAGCCAAGCCCACCGAGAGGGUCCACAGGCCCCCAGCUCCAAGGAGGGGCGCUCGGAGGGUCCUUUUCUCAGCAGCUUACUGGGUUCGGGAACUGGGAACCUCGAGGACAUCUUCACCUUCCCUCUGGUACCCCCACUGAAUGAAGUGAUUGUCAAUGAGGGAGACUCUGGCGAAGAAGAGGACAUCAAAAGCAAGUAGCCCCUCGUCUGCUAAAGGAGUGAGUGACGUCUCUCGGCCCACCGACGCCUCUCCUGGUCUUUGGAGAGUUCCAACGACAAUGAGAGUGAAAAAAAUAACAUUAAAAGUCAAAUGACUCAGGUGGGGCAAAUCCUUUAUGACACUGGAAGAGCCGUCCUGUCAAUGUCACCUGAUUACAGGUGUGCUGUCCCAUCAUAUGUCACCUGACCUGAUAAUAAGUGUGCUAUCAUGUCAAUGUCACCUAAUAACAGGUGUGCUGUCCUGUCAUAUGUCACAUGGUAACAGGUGUGCUAACUUGUCAUUUGUCACAUGGUAACUGGUGUGCGGUCUCAUCAGUGUCACUUGAAUACAGAUGUGCUGUCCCAUUAAUGCCAACGGAAAACAGGUGUGCUGUCCCAUCAUUGUCACCUGACCUGAUAAUAAGCGUGCUAUCAUAUCAAUGUCACCUAAUAAAAGGUGUGCUGUCCCGUCAUAUGUCACAUAGUAACAGGUAUGCUGUCCCAUCAGUGUCACCUGAAAACAGGUGUGUUGUCCCAUUAGUAUCACAUGACAACAGGUGCACUAUCUUGUCAUAUGUCACAUGGUAACAGGUGUGCUGCCCCAUCAAAGUCUCCUGAUAAUAAGUGUGCUGUCCUGUCACAUGUCACAGAAUAACAGGUGUGUUGUCCCAUUACUGUCAGGUGAUAAUAGGUGCACUGUCCUGUUAAUGUCACAUGAUAACAGAUGUGCUGUCCCAUUGAUGUCACAUAAUACAAUGUGUGCUGUUUUUGUCAUGUGUCACAUGAUAACAGGAGUGUUCUCCCAUCAUGUGACUUUAUCUGCGGGCUCAGCUUCAUUCUGAUGUUCUUAACAUGUUGGCACUCAUUAUCUGCUCCCAUACUUCUAACAGGUGAGGUGACGAGCAUUAAAUUGGCAUCACCUUAACCACUAGGGGGCGUCACUACCCACUGGACCCACCAUUCCUUUUUGUGAGGACUGUGGUGGAUUGGCACUUAUGCUGCCAGGCAGGAGCCAACCCUAGGCAGCAUGCCUUUCUUUCACAGGGCACUCCCAUCCAUCCACAAUCAUACCAGGACAUGCCAGAGGGCACCAGUCCAGCAAAUUUAUGACACGAAAUAAAAAUGCCGGUAGAAAGCCCAAGCACUGAACAGAAUACCUGAGUAAAUGCAACAAAACAAAUAUUUCAAGUUAGUUGAGCUCUGAAGGGCACAGGUAAGCUGGCAGUGGAGGAGAAGAACAUAAGCAAGCCAACAUCUUGGGUGGGCGACAGUCCAAAAGAAACGGGCCUGAGGCUCACCUGUGACCCCCUGCGAGAGUCUGCAAAGGUUUGGGGUUUGAAUGACACAAGUCCAUCACAGGUGAUGCCACUGUGCCCUGACCCAGGAGACUGCCAUGAGGUGUAACCUGGUCAGAACAGUACUGAUGGCAAAGUGCCCCAGCGGGGAAAAAAUCAAUGUGCCUAUCAUACUGCACUUUUCAAAUCUAGGGGUCAUUCCCUGAUAUUGGGCCUUUCCUGUCUAUUUAUUGAAGGCUAGUCAUGGCUAAUGAUGAUCACUAAAGACACUACUGGGGUGACGGAGUGAUGGUUGCCUUUCACAUCAAUCCAUCCAUUCAUUUCUGGGAGAGCUGCAGGGAAAUUAAAGCCAACAAGUGUAAAGCAGGAGCAAACCCUGGAUGGGAUGCCAGGCCAUGGCAGGAUAAGCACACAGACACAACGGGGGGCUAACUCACCUAACCUGCCUGUCUUUGGACUUCAGGGCAAACUCACGGGGAGGACAUGCAAACUCCACAGAGGGAACAUCCAGGAUUUGAACCCCUGACUCCCUCUUGUGAGGCAACAGUGCUAUCGUGGGACCACCAUGCUGCCUCCCCCCCCAUCAAUCAAUCUGUACAACUAUAAUAUAGUGCCUUUCAUGUGGAGCUCUGUUAUAUAGUGCCUUUCAUAUGUUGCAUGGCGUAUUCAUACUUCUCAUAUCACACCAUUCCUGUCUACCUGUCUAUUGUAUAGCGCCUUUCAUAUCUAAAGUGCUUUUCAUAUUGAUGUUUUAUAGAAGUUUUGUUAUCCUUUUUAUGUCAAAUUCA